CCAUGCGGCUGUUUGGAGGCUACCGGCUCCUGCUCUCAGCGCCAUGGCCUCGCUGUGAGUGUCCUCAAAGGCACUGGGUACACACCUCACCGGCAAUCCGUAACCAUCGACGCCUUGAUCAUGGACCUCCAGUCCAGGGGGGUGUUUCGGGGCCACUGGAGUAGUCAAUAGUAUUCCCAAAGUAUUGUAUUUGUCAGUUUUUAACACUGUCACUUUUGCAUCCCGGGGAUUUAAACUGCAGUGACAGAAGUGGCAUUCAUCCAUCUGCCGGUUAGCUUAGCACGCUAACACCAUAGCCAAGGAACGUUACAGUUUUCUGAAGAAAAGGAAUACUAUCGUAAACAGAAGACACUGAUUACUGAAGCCCUGGUACCUGAUUUUCUACCAAACAACACAGCAGUUACUCUUUCCCGAAAGGCUGGCAACAGAAAGCCACCCUAAUGCAGAGCCACACAAGAACGUGAAAUGAACAAACCGCCACAGCCUAUAACGGGACCUACUUCUGUCCCAAACCCUGCCCCUUCCCCAGGACUGACACAGGCUGCCUACGGUCCUGGACAGCCCACAUCUCUUGUUUUUGCCACCCCUCCACAAAUGAACUCCGCACCUCCACCUAGACAGGGUUACUAUCCAAACCGGCCAGCUAUGCCUGCCAGUACUCCAAGGGUAGUGCCGAGCAGUGGCCCACGACCGGUAGCGUCCCAUGUCUAUCCCCCAGGCUCCCAGAUGAUGAUGAUCCCCCAGCAGCAGAUUCCUUUUGCUGGAUCUCCCCAGGGUUAUUUUAUUCCCCCUGGGCAGUACCGGGCUCCAUACAUGGCAACCACUCAGCAGUAUCCUGUGACAAGUGGAACAGCAGGUUUCUAUCCAAGCACUAGUCCUGCUGAAUAUCCAGGUUUUGCUGGAGCAUACUAUUCAGCGCAGCCGCAGUACGCCCCAUCUGUCCAGCCUCAGCCAAUGAUGGUCAACCCAGCUCAGCAACAGCAACAAGCUCCACCACCUCAGCAAGCCCCGCCCCCGUCACAAGGCCCUGUAAAGAGGGAGCGCAAACCGAUAAGAAUACGAGAUCCCAACCAAGGAGGACGGGACAUUACAGAGGAGAUCAUGGCAGGUGGGCGUUCCUCCUCCACACCGACUCCUCCACAGCCUGCCAUGGCAGACAGUCCCACUCAAACUAAUGGAGAAGUGAUGCCACCACAAAGAGAUGAAAAUGUUGAAGAUCCUCCGUGUGCUGACUCCUCAUCACCUCCUGCUACCACAAAUGUUGAGGUUCUCGAUGAGCCAAAGCAGGAAAUCGACACAGAAUCAACGAUGGACAUAGCUUCACAAUCUGUAGACCUUACACCAGCUCCAGAUGUGUCCUUAUCAAUAAAGGAUCAGCAGCCAUCCCCUCCACCCACCCCAGACGUGGAGACCUCUACUUCUGAAGAGGCACAUCAAGUUCAUGCUGAUGUUAGUGAUACAGUAGAUGCACCGGUGGGUCCUUCUGCAUCAUUAGCUGCACAAGAUAUGCCUGUCAAAAAAGAAGAACCACAAAUUGCUCCUAUUGAGAAGGCGCCGGAAAAUGAACAGAAGAUCGAAGUGGUUAAACCUGAUGAGCCAGUGGUUGUAACUUCAUUGGGACCCUCAGUAGAAGAGGCAGCCCCUAUAAAAGCAGAAAGCGAUGAGACUGUUAGCUCAGAAUCUACAUCUGUCACUGACGUCCCUGAGCCCUCCGCCUCCACACAGGAAUCUGCAGUGCCACAGGCUGAAAAUGGAGAUGCCAGUUCAGAUGGAGAGCUUAAACCCACAGUUGAGAAAACAGAGCCUUCUCUUCCCAACGGCUUUCCACAAGAUGUUGAGGAGAUGUCCGAGGAAUUGGCAAUACCCGACACUAAACCACUUGACCAGUCUGAAAUUGGUCAAUCUCAGGAACCUUCCUCAGUGGAAAAAAUGGCAGUGCCCACCCAGGAGCAAGAGGAGGAUGAAAAAGAGGAAAAGAAUGAGAAAAGCGAGGCUGCUGCACCACCCCCUGUUACCUCUGCAACCGAGGAGUCCACUAUGCAAGCUGCUACAUCUGUGCCAAAGAAAAAAAAGAGCAUGAAAGAUCUUGACAAGAAGGACUUUGGGACUCUCCUAGACGCCUUUACAGAGCAGAAGGAUAUUAAACCCCUUCCUGAGCCUGUGAUCGUUCAAGCUGAACCUGCCCCAGCUGCGCCAGUCGAAACUCCCGCUGAGGUUGUAGAAGAGACCUGGGAGGAGAAAGAAGACAAACAGAAUGAAAUUAAACGCAAAGCAGAGGCCACAGAGCAGAAAUAUCAAUACAAAGAAGAACAAUGGAAGCCAAUUAAUCCAGAAGCAAAGAAGCGGUACGAUAGGGAGUUUUUGCUGGGAUUCCAGUUCAGCAGUGCCAGUAUGCACAAACCAGAGGGCCUGCCAAUCAUCAGUGAUGUUGUUCUUGACAAGGUGAACAAGACCCCACUGCGUCCUGCGGACCCAGGUCGACUAAUGAAUGCUGGUCCUGAUUUCACUCCCUCAUAUUUGGGUAACUUAGGAAGCAGAUCAGUGGGAGGACCACGAGGCCCACCUCCAGGACCUCGGCGUUCUCAGCCAGGUCAGCGAAAGGAACCUAGGAAAAUCAUCAGCAGCAUGAAUGAGGACAUUCAGCUGAACAAGGCUGAAAAGGCUUGGAAACCAUCUUUGAAAAAGUCUACAACACGUGGCCGUGGAGAAGAGGUUGACGAGGAUGAUCCUGAACAGAUGAAGACUCAAGAGGUGUUGAAAAGACUGCGUAGUAUCCUCAACAAACUGACCCCUCAGAAGUUUCAAGAGCUGAUGAAGCAAGUGACAGAACUGCCAAUAGAUACUGAGGAGAGACUGAAAGGAGCCAUUGAUCUCAUCUUUGAAAAGGCCAUCAUGGAGCCCAACUUUUCUGUAGCUUAUGCCAACAUGUGUCGUUGCCUCAUGGGGUUAAAGGUCCCUACUACAGAAAAGCCAGGAGCCACAGCAAACUUUCGCAAACUUCUGUUAAAUCGUUGUCAAAAGGAAUUUGAAAAGGAUCAAGAUGAUGAUGAAAUAUUUGAGAAAAAACAGAAAGAGUUGGAUGCUGCAAAUGAAGGUGAAGAGCGUGAUCGUUUGAAGGUGGAGCUUGAGGAAGCCAAAGAUAAAGCCCGACGGCGGUCACUGGGAAACAUCAAGUUCAUUGGCGAGCUUUUCAAACUGAAGAUGCUGACAGAAGCCAUUAUGCACGACUGUGUUGUAAAACUAUUGAAGAAUCAUGAUGAGGAGUCUCUUGAGUGUCUAUGCAGGUUGCUGUCUACAAUUGGCAAAGACCUGGACUUUGAAAAGGCAAAGCCCCGCAUGGACCAGUAUUUUAACCAAAUGGACAAAAUCAUAAAAGAGAGAAAGACCUCGUCAAGAAUUCGUUUCAUGCUGCAAGAUGUCUUGGACCUCAGAAGGAGUAACUGGGUGCCUCGAAGAGCAGACCAGGGACCUAAAACAAUUGAUCAGAUCCACAAGGAGGCAGAGCUGGAGGAGCACAGGGAGCAGAUAAAGGUCCAGCAACAGCUUCUGUCUAAGAAGGACAGCGGAGGCAGAAUGAGCAUGGGCGGCCGAGGUCCCCACACACCCGGAGGAGGCAGGACCAACCAGCCCCAGGACGAGGGAUGGAACACUGUCCCCAUUUCCAAGAAUAGACCCAUAGACACCACCCGCCUGAGCAAAAUCACUAAGCCUGGUGCAAUGGACUUUAACAAUCAGUUGCUGGCUCCAGGUGGUAAAGGAAUGUGGGGUAGCUGGGGAAAAGGCAGCAGUGGAGGAAGUGGAACUAAACCAUCCAGUGGAGAGCAGGAUUCAAGCCGUCCUGCUACCAGCACACUGAACCGUUUCUCGGCCCUGCAGUCUGGGUCCUCAUCGGAGUCUGAUCGCAGAGUUCCUCAGAGGUCAAGCUCCAGUCGGGAACGUGGGGUUGGUGACAGAGAGCGUUAUGACCGUUUUGAUCGGAGGGAAGGACGAGACGGUGAUAGGAGCAACCGCCCUGAAAUCACCAAGAGAAGUUUCAGCCGAGAAUCCCAGGAGCGCAGCCGAGGAGGAGAGGGCCGCAGCGCCAUGGAUUCUGUGCGUCGUGUGGCCAGCAUGACAGACGACCGUGACAGGGGCAGUCGUGACAGGGGAAGCCGCGACAGGGGAAGCCGCGACAGGGGCAGCAUUGAUAGGGGCAGCAUUGACAGGGGCAGCAUUGACAGGGGCAGCCGCGACCAGGGCAGUCGAGACAGGGGGAGCAAAGACCGUGCUGCAAGUAAAGACAUACCUUCUGUUAAGCGUGAAAGUGCCCCGACGCCACCUCCACCUAAACCUGCUUUGUCUGAAGAAGAGUUGGAGAAGAAGUCAAAUGCCAUAAUUGAAGAAUACCUCCACAUUAAUGACUUGAAGGAAGCAUUGCAGUGCGUUGCAGAGCUGAACAGUGUCUCCCUGCUUUUCGUUUUUGUACGGGUCGGUUUGGAAUCGACACUUGAACGCAGCACCAUUGCCCGGGAGCACAUGGGGCUGCUGCUGCAUCAGCUGAUCAAGGCCGGGAGUCUGCUGCCGCAGCAGUACUAUAAAGGGCUUCAUGAGAUCUUAGAAGUGGCAGAGGAUAUGGAAAUAGAUAUACCUCACAUCUGGCUUUACCUGGGUGAGCUCAUCACCCCUAUGCUACAUGAAGGUGGGCUCUCUAUGGGACAGCUCUUCAGGGAGAUUUCAAAGCCUCUAGUGCCUCUUGGAAAGGCGGGUGUGCUACUGGUACAAAUCUUAAACAUGCUCUGUAAAGGAAUGACCCCCAAGAAAGUUGGGGCCAUGUGGACUGAAGCUGGCCUGAACUGGAAGGACUUUCUGCCCAGUGAUGAAGAUGUUAACAAAUUUGUAACAGAUCAGAAACUGGAGUACACCUUAGGAGAAGAAGUGGCAUCAAAAGACGGCAAUAAAAAAGUUUUCACUGGAGAGGAGCUUAGCAAACAGCUGGAUAGACUCCUUCAGGACAAAGCAGACAACCAGCGCAUUCGUGAUUGGAUCGAGGCCAAUUUGGACGAACAGCAAACUGCAUCAAACCUGUUCAUUCGUGCAUUGAUGACAUCAGUCUGUCAGUCUGCUAUCAUCUGCGAUAACCCGUACAAAGUGGAUGCAGAGCAGAUUGAUCAAAGGGCCAGCUUGUUACAGAGAUAUCUUUAUGAUGAACAGAAAGAGUUGCAGGCCCUUUAUGCCCUUCAAGCACUAAUGGUACAAAUGGAGCAGCCUGCAAACCUGCUGCGCAUGUUCUUCGAUGCCUUGUAUGAUGAGGAUGUGAUUAAAGAGGAGGCCUUUUACAAAUGGGAGUCUAGUAAAGACCCAGCAGAGCAGACGGGCAAAGGUGUGGCCUUGAAGUCUGUCACAGCGUUCUUCACCUGGCUCCGUGAGGCAGAAGAGGAGUCGGACAAAGACUAAAGACGAUACAAACCGCUGCUGUUUUGGCCUUGACCCAGCAGGUGGUUGUAAGGAGACAUGAUACUUUGUCAGUGGAAGACUCGUAUUACUAUCAGUCCUCAAUGAGGAUACAUGUGUGUUCUCCUUUUCUUCUUCGAGGAAUGGACUCAAAACUAUCACUUCUCUCUCCUCUGAUCCCUCAUUAUGUCCCACCUGCUUGUUGCAGCAAGUGUCCUCAUCUAAUAAACUUGAAAACUGGUGCAGCAGGAAUGCUUUGUAACUAAGUUUGAAAUAUGCCACAUCACUACUAGACUUUUUUCUUUUUUUUUUUAAACCAAUGACACACAAGCGAGCUGCUGUUUUUAUGGUUCUAGGUCAUUCUCAUCCCUACCAUUGUGUGUAAAUCAGGCAUGGGGUGUUCUGGGUGUGGGGAUCAUGCCAUAAUGUGUCCAGUCCAAACACAGCUCCUUUUUGUCCAUCACUUAGUGUGCAGCAUGACUGAAGUGUGUUUAUAAUAAUGAUACAGAUGAAAUGUCGACAGGAAAAUGUACAUUGCUAACUAAUCUUAAAUUGACAGAUGGAGUUUUUAAGCAAACAGUUCUAUUUUUUUCCCUCUUGUUUCCUAUUGAUGGAGCUCACAGAGGACACUGACUAUAUGACUUUGACUGUGACUACAGGAUGGUCUUAAUGCUUCCUCAAAGCCAUGGUCUCCCAGUAGUGACUGACCUGUUUCCUUUUCUGAAGCUGUGGGAGAGAAACCCAAUCAUUAAAACUUGAAACCUACAGAAAUUGACUUGAGAUAUAUACAUUAAAACACAGAAAUGAUCUGAUAGCCUUUUCUACUAGAGGUAGAAACUAUUUCAGGACAGUUCUGUAAAUAUAUAAAGAUUUUUUUAGUUUUAUUUUUCAGAAACAAUAAAUUGCCGAUGUAAUUGCAGUGUAUCCUUUUCCGCUGAAAGCAUUGUUGUCCAGAUGCAGAGAGGUGCUUUAGAUAAUCCAUUGAUUAUUAGUUUUAUUGGGAUUUUUUUGUAAAUACUUUUUUUUUGCUUUCUUUAUUUAAGAAAAUAAUGCUUCUUUGCAUCUGAAACUGGAACGAUGAGUUAAUGGGACAUUGCAAAUAAAGGACUUCUUAAAAUGCA